AUGCCAAGGAGACGAAACGGUGAGAUACCCUUGCCCGACGGAUGGGAUUAUGCGAGGGACUUUGAUGGAAAACUUUAUUUCAUCGACCACAACAGCAGAAAAACGACGUGGAUCGACCCGCGAGACAGAUACACAAAACCCCAAUCAUUCGCGGACUGCAUUGGAAAUGAACUGCCAUUGGGCUGGGAAGAGGCCUACGAUCCUCAAAUUGGACCAUAUUACAUCAACCACGUCAACCAGGUGACCCAACUUGAAGAUCCGAGAUUAGAAUGGCUCAGCAUCCAAGAAGCUAUGUUAAGAGACUACCUCCACACAGCCCAAGAGGCUCUAGAGGUAUAA